CUAAACAUCCAGAUUACAGUCGUACUCUCUAUACUUGUUAGAAUAUUUGGAAGAUCCUUUGAUAUAUACUUUUUGGAAAGAUCGUUUGCAAAAUUUCUUGGGCAUGUCUCGCAAGUUUUUCACCGUCGCCCUGUUAUGUCGACAGCAGUCGCUCGCCAGCUGUGCGCUCCGUGGACCAGCCGGGAGCUGGUGUGCCGGGGGCGCUUCCGAGGCCCGGAUGUCGGUUAGCCAGCGAAGCGUAACCAUGUUCGCUCGUGAGAGUCGCAGUGAGUCGGUCACGUGUCGUCAUCCGCGUAGACGUCCGCCGGAUGAGAAGCAGCAGCCGGCCAGGCGACGGGUUUGCCCCAUCCGUGUGCGCCGCGGAAGACCGACGAAGCUGGACAACCAAAACCAAAAGCGGGUCCUUAAGGUGAUCGAGGUGCUCGAACCACGUCGGAUCCCACCCCCCCGGCAGCAUUUCAGCACAGAGCCGCUAUUCGUUUCUGUGGGAGCAGGUGAAGACCCCUGCGGAACAAACAAAAAGCCACCAACAGGCCCACGAGGACCAGCAGGUCCAACAGGACCAGCUGGACCAAUGGGACCAGCUGGACCAACAGGACCAACAGGUCCACGAGCACCACCACCACAAGGACCAUCAGGACCAACAGGACCACGAGCACCACCACCAGGACCAUCCGGGUCAGAAAAGGGCAGCAAGCUGCCCGCUGUACGUGGCCCAGCUGGAGGCGACGGUGGCGCCUCCUCAGGCAAGGGCGGAACGUGUGGAAAGGGUGGAAAGGGUGGCAAGGGUGGCAAGGGUGGCAAGGGUGGAAAGGGUGGAAAGGGUGGAAAGGGGGGAAAGGGGGGAAAUGGGGGACAGCCACGCGUCAUAACUUUGAUGCCCGGCGAUGGCAUUGGCCCGGAGAUCUCGCUGGCCGUGCUGGAGGUACUGAAGGCAGUUCAGGCGCCACUCGUAUUUGAGCCAGUCGACGUGACGCCUGUGAUGGACAAAGAGGGCAGGACAUCAAUACCGGAAGCUGUUAUUGAGAGCAUGCAACGCACCAAGCUGGGCCUGAAGGGUCCGCUGAUGACGCCGGUGGGCAAAGGCUUUCGCUCCCUGAAUCUGACACUGCGCGUGCUGUUCAACCUGUACGCGAAUGUGCGUCCGUGCCGCUCGCUGGAGGGCGUGGAGACUGUCUACGGCGACGUGGAUAUCAUAACCAUACGCGAGAACACAGAGGGCGAGUACUCAGGCAUUGAGCAUCAGUUGGUCAACGGGGUCGUGCAGAGCAUCAAGCUCAUCACACGGGCCGCCUCGUUACGCGUCGCCGACUACUGUUUCAAGUAUGCGAUCAUGAUGAAUCGCAAGAAGAUCACCGCGGUGCACAAGCGCUCCAGCAUGCGUAUGUCGGACGGUUUGUUUAUCAACUGUGUGCGCGAAGUGUAUGAGAAAUACAAGGAUCAGCUGAAGAGCAAGGGCAUCGUCUACGAGGAGGCGGCCAUCAGCACGGUCUGUCUCAAGAUUGUGGCCGAUCCCAGGCAGUUCGAUGUGCUCGUCUUGCCCAAUCUCUAUGGCGACAUCUUGUCGGACACAUGCGCCGGUCUCGUUGGCGGCCUGGGCCUGACGCCCUCCGCCAACAUCGGCACCAGCGGCGCCAUUUUCGAGGCUGUUCACGGCACAGCGCCGACCAUAGCUGGCAAGGAUCUGGCCAAUCCGACGGCCCUGCUACUCUCGGCCGCCAUGAUGUUGCGCUACAUCGAUUUGACUCCCUAUGCCGAUAAAAUCGAGCAGGCCGUCCUUAAAACCAUCAAGGUGGACAACGUGCGCACCGUAGACCUGGGCGGCAAGGCCAAGUGUUCCGAAUACACCAAAGCACUCAUAAAGAAUCUCAAGUGAUCCGCUGCACGAAUCGAGUACCCACAAAUCUCUGUGACCGAGAUCCUAGUCGCAUUAGUUAGAAACUAAAUUUGUCAGACGCUUGAUUUUUGAUGUAGGAUAAUUAUUAUACUAAAAGUCGCAUUCGUUUUUAGUAUGCAUUUUAUUCGAUUAAUAUUUAAUUUUUGCAGUUUUAAUGCUUGUAUAAUCAAGGUUUUC